AAAUGCUUGAAGAGAGAGAGCGAGUAAGGAGCCAGCUAUGAAUCCCUUCCAGAAAAAUGAGUCCAAGGAAACUUUUUUUUCACCUGUCUCCACUGAAGAGGUACCACCUCCACCUCCCAGCUUUCCAAAGAAGCCACCUCCGAAAAUCUGUGGCUCCAACUAUCCACUGAGCAUUAUCUUCAUUGUGGUGAAUGAAUUCUGUGAGCGCUUUUCCUAUUAUGGAAUGAAAGCUGUGCUGACCCUGUAUUUCCUGUAUUUCCUGCACUGGAAUGAAGACACCUCCACAUCUGUAUACCAUGCCUUCAGCAGCCUCUGUUAUUUCACUCCCAUUCUGGGAGCCGUCAUUGCUGACUCAUGGUUGGGAAAAUUCAAGACAAUUAUGUAUCUAUCUUUGGUGUAUGUACUUGGCCAUGUGAUCAAGUCCUUGGGUGCCUUACCAAUACUGGGGGGACACAUGGUACACACAGUCCUAUCAUUGGUCGGCCUGAGUCUAAUAGCUUUGGGAACAGGAGGUAUCAAACCCUGUGUGGCAGCUUUUGGUGGAGACCAGUUUGAAAAAACACAUGAAGAGGAACGGACUAGAUACUUCUCAGUCUUCUACCUCUCCAUCAAUGCAGGGAGCUUGAUUUCUACCUUUGUCACACCCAUGCUAAGAGGAGAUGUGCAGUGUUUCGGGGGAGACUGCUAUGCACUGGCUUUUGGAGUUCCGGGAUUGCUUAUGGUGAUAGCUCUUGUUGUGUUUGCAAUGGGAAGCAAAAUGUACAACAAAACACCUCCAGAAGGAAACAUAGUGACUCAAGUUAUCAAAUGUAUCUGGUUCGCUCUUUCCAACCGUUUCAAGAACCGUUCUGGGGACAUUCCAAAGCGACAGCACUGGCUGGACUGGGCAGCUGAGAAAUACCCAAAGCAGCUCAUUAUGGAUGUGAAGGCACUGACCAGGAUACUAUUCCUCUAUAUCCCAUUGCCCAUGUUCUGGGCCCUUCUAGAACAGCAGGGCUCACGAUGGACCUUGCAAGCCACCAGGAUGAACAGGAAUUUGGGUUUUAUUGUGCUUCAGCCGGACCAGAUGCAGGUACUAAAUCCCCUUCUGGUUCUUAUCUUCAUCCCAUUGUUUGACCUUGUCAUUUAUCCUCUGGUCUCCAAGUGUGGAAUCAACUUCUCAUCGCUUAGAAAAAUGGCUGUUGGUAUGAUCCUAGCGUGCCUGGCAUUUGCAGUUGUGGCAGUUGUAGAGACAAAAAUUAAUGAAAUGGCUCCACCCCAGCCAGGUCCCCAAGAGAUUUUCCUACAAGUCUUGAAUCUGGCAGAUGAUGAGGUGAAGGUGACAGUGGUGGGAGAUGACAACAAUUCUUUGUUGCCAGAGUCCAUCAGAUCUUUUCAGAAAAUCCCACACUAUUCCAAACUUCACCUGAAGACAAAAAGCCAGGAUUUUCACUUCCACCUGAAAUAUCACAAUUUGUCUGUCUACACUGAGCAUUCUGUGGAGGAGAAGAAGUGGUACAGUCUGAUCAUUCGAGAAGAUGGGGAAAGUAUUUCCAGCAUGAUGGUGAAGGAUGCAGAAAACAUAACCACCAAUGGGAUGACAGCCGUGAGGUUCCUUAACACUUUGCAUAAAGAGGUCAACAUCAACCUGGGUGCAGAUAUCUCACUUAAUGUUGGUGAAGACUAUGGUGUGUCUGCUUACAGAACUGUACCAACAGGAGAAUACUCUGCAGUACAUUGUAAAACAGAAGAUGAUGACUUUUUGCUGAAUUUGGGUCUACUAAACUUUGGUGCAGCUUAUCUGUUUGUUAUUACUAAUAGCACCCGUCAGGGUCCCCAGGCUUGGAAGACAGAAGACAUUCCGGCCAACAAAAUAUCCAUUGCAUGGCAGCUACCACAAUAUGUGCUGGUGACAGCUGGGGAGGUCAUGUUCUCUGUCACAGGGCUUGAAUUUUCUUAUUCUCAGGCUCCCUCUAGCAUGAAAUCUGUACUCCAGGCAGCCUGGUUGUUGACAAUUGGAGUUGGCAAUUUCAUUGUGCUUACUGUGGCACAGUUCAGCGACCUGGUACAGUGGGUCGAAUUCACUUUGUUUUCCUGUCUCCUGCUGCUGGUCUGCCUGAUCUUCUCCAUCAUGGGCUACUACUAUGUUCCUCUAAAGUCAGAGGAUAUUCAGGAACCAGCAGCUAAGAAGAUUCCCCAUAUCCAAGAGGACACAAUAAACCUGGAGACCAAGAACACAAAGCUCUAAUGACUCCUGGGACUCUGCCCAGUUCCAGAUUCCUGACUCUGGUCUUGGCCAUCACUGAACUUCAAGCAUUUUUUCCUUCCAUUUGGUUAGGGGAGUGAGGUGGCAUCAUAUAUGAGCUGGUCUCCUCCACUUUUCUCCCAUGAUAGAGGCAGUUCUGUAUUUU